AUGAGCUUGCCGCUGGGGCGCAAGCUGACCAUAUUCUUCUGGACUUUUUGUUUCGAGCACUGCAGUCUCAGUGGCUCGCUUUACACAGCGUCGUCGCCCUCCGGCGAUCAGGGUUUUAGAACCCAGCUGGCACCGGCGCCAGCGACGCAAGCGCACUCUGGGGCGCACCCUCCUACGAAGUUGGUUGAGUGGUGUGCCCGCUCCUCGUGUGGAGCUGGAUCGUGCAGUGGCCGCGCUAGCCACUCAUCAUUCCAGGAGCACACUAGUGGACCAAGUGCAGCAACAGCUCGGCUCAGGAGCAAUGCCUCAGCCGUGGCACUGCAGCUGUGGCCAGACGUGCAAGGCUACAGCCACUUUCUGUCAGGGAUGCGGCAGGACGUGGGAUCAGAGCCAGUAUACAGCGGAUGCUACGCCGUCUUCACCAAGGAACCGGAGGCAGCAACCGUGGCAGAGGCCACGGUCACCUCGAGGCCGUGGACAUGGUGGAUGGCAGCCAUCUACCCCAAGACAACGAGGAUGGGCAAGGAUGCACCGCCGCAGGAGCCAGCCAAUGCACAGCAGCUCUUGAACCUCCUCCCUACGGCUCCACAGGGCUCUUCGCCGGCCCUCCCAAGUCAGGCCCUUCUGGAGACGCAUAUGGCAUCGAAUCACAAGAUCGAGGCAAGGGCGAUGCACAAGCUCGUCCACCAACAAGGUCAGGCAAAGGUCGAGCUAUCGAACGUGCGCAAGUCACGCGCACAGUUCCUACAAGAAUGGCACCUCUACUUGCAGAAGCUCACGGACCUGUUGACACAGCAGGUUCAAAAGAAGAAUGCCUCCAUGCAAGCCUAUGCGGAGGCAGAGGACAAAUGGGAACAGCAGUUGCAGGCUGCAUCAAAGGCCAUGCAGGUUGCAUCGGGAGCACCCAUCAAUGUUGCCUCCGACGACGAGGAGCAGCUCGAGGCACAGGAGACCGAGGUGAUGCAGGAUGUCAGCGAGGAUGCCGCCAGGCAAACGGCAGCGGAGGCUGCCACCGAGAGGGAAAAUGCCCUCAUGGCUGCACUCGCUUCCACGACAGAGGCUGCGCACACACAGGCGCAAGAGUACAGGGAGCGCACGCCAAGGCGCACCAAGGGUGGGCAGGGCGCUCACGGAUUCUCGGCGCUUUCAUCGCAGCAGUCGCAGCCCAAGCAGGAUGCCAGCAGGGAGCCCAUGGAGACGGCCAAGGAGACGCCCCCUGGCAAGGCCCAAUAG